AACACGUCCAUUUUUUUCAGAAAAACUGAUGUAGUCGUCUUCAAUAUUAUUUCUUUUAGCGGGUUAAAUAUUUCGCUAAUUACAUUAACCACCAAUAUCUCAGGCGUGUUCACAGUUAUUAUCUGAAAGUACGAUUUUAUUAGUCAGGGCAUGCAUUUUACCAUAACCUUGUGAAUUUAUGUGUAUUUAAGUUAAAUAACACACUCAGCCAUAGGUUAAAUUGCAUGAACUGUAGCUAUAUCAUGUUUAUCAAGGGAAAAAUUCAUAACUAUAGCAAUUGGGUUAUAACAAAUUUAGUCAAAUAUGUUAAAAAUGAUAACAUGCUCAUGAGAGCUGACUGAUACUGGCAGCUGCGCAACAUGCAUCGCUUUUUUUGCAGCCUCGGUCUACUGGACUGGAAUCACAACGUGACCAAGGCCACUUUGGCGGAAGUGCACUGCUUGGUUAUAUUUUUAUUUGGAUCGUUGUAAUAACCACUCAGGGUAUUGUUGUACUAUUUGCUUUUUAUAAUAACGCAGGAAACGGGAGAAUAAUGUGCACCGACUGCGUACAGAAAGAGUAUCCUGAUAGGGGAAACACAUGUCUGGAAGAUGGCUCGUACCUGAUGAACUACGUCGGCUGUGCCAAGUGCCACCAGCGUGACUUUGUGCUGAUCAGCAACAAGGCCACAGAGGAUGAGGAUGGAGAGGAGAUUGUCACAUAUGACCAUGUGUGCAAAAAUUGUGACCACAUCAUAGCCAGGCACGAGUACACAUUCUCCGUCGUGGAUGAUUAUCAGGAAUAUACCAUGUUGUGUCUCCUGUGUGGUAAGGCCGAAGACUCCAUCAGUGUUCUGCCGGAUGACCCAAGACAGAGCGCACCCCUGUUUUAGAAGAUAAUGGACUCAGCUCUGAUCUUGUGUGCCAUUAGGAUGUAGGACAUAGGAACCAACCAUUAUACACUGAACAAAAA